CCCCUGCUAGGUUGAAGAUGAAGUUCCCUUCACAAUCUUUUGAGUUUGGGCAGCAACCGAGCAGUUCUUUCGAUGGGAAAAGGACAUCAUCUAGAUCUGCUGGGAUUUUGAAACGGACUUCAGCUGCUUACAAGCGUGGACCAGAAGGGGUGAUUGUGGACAGUCGAACUGAGAAGAGGCGAAAGAUGGAUCGUAGCAUGGCUCAGCAGUGUCCUGCCCAUGUUGAUGAAUCAAGACGGAGUUGUCCUAAAAGCCAGCUAUCCCGAUGUUACUCUUUCCCCAAGAAGUCAAGGCCAUCUGAGGAGAAGUUUUUCAAGGUGCCUUUGAAUGCAAGAGCAACAGAAGUCGAGCGUCCUAAACCCGCACAGAAGUGUGUUAGCAGGUUGGCAAGAAAAAACUUUCAAAAAGGCGCCAGUAGUGGUGGGCGUGCUCAUCGAUCUAUCAAUGCCAAGCCACCAUUGAGUCCAGGUGCCUGCAGAUGCAGCUCAUGUGGCAGCAUUAAGUGUCAAUGUAGUCUUCCAAGUGAUUCAAACCAUGCAUCUUCCAGCGAUGUGACUUCAGAAAGAUCAUUGGGUGGAGAUCUUAGAGUGUGCAGAACUUAUGCCUCUAAACUGGAUUGCCAGGCCAAAAGGACAAUGACAUCACCAAUGAGCGAGUCUGAUCCAGAUUCUGACGGAGCUGUAAGUUCUCUGUAUGAUGAGAACGUUUGUCUGAUUUCUCAACUUACAACUCCUGCAACAGAUGCUGCUUCUGGGGAAGGAUUGUUAACUCCUAGUUUUGACGUGCAAAUGUCAUCGAAGAAGGCUUUCCGAGCUGCAAUGCUGAAAAGCCGUUAUGCAGACACCAUUUUGAAAGCUAAGCACAUACUUGAUCAUGGUGAGAAAGCUGAUCCAGUGAAGAUGCAGCAGCAAAAGGGAAAAUUGGAAAGAAGGCAGCGAGAAGAAAAGGCAAAGAUUGAAGCUCAAAUCAGAGCUGCUGAAGCUGCAGCAAAAAUGAAGGCAGAGGUCGAGUUGAAAAAGCAACGGGAAAGAGAAAGAGAAGCUGCUCGGAAUGCAUUGCAACAGAUGGAGAAAACAGCUGGGAUUGAACUGAAUGUGGAGAUUGAAAAGGAGUUCGAGAUGCUGAUUGGAUUCCCUAUUUAUAAUAACUGGCAUGGUAGCAAAAAUGGAUCUGGAAAGGUGACUGGAGCUUAUGGAGGAACUCUGUGAAUUCACUGCAUCAGCUGGGUUUGUUCAUCGAAGAUGAGCAUGCAGUU